AUGACAGCCAAUAGAACGCUAGCAAUUCGAGUCGGAGGCAAAUUCAAGCGAGCCUCUGCUCCCAAAUCCAGAGGAGGAUGUCUCACCUGCAAAUUCAGACAUUUGAAAUGCGACGAAGCAAAACCUUUCUGUCAACGCUGUGCAGACGACAGGAUGAAGUGUGACGGAUACGCCCCUCCCAAGCCUAGAGCUUCUAAGAAGAAGAAGCCCAAGACCCAAGCUAUCGUUGCUCUUCCUACACCACCGAUGGAGCAUAUUGAUCAGAUGCCUCUCUUGUCGGAUCACGAAAGGGUUUAUUUCCAACAUUUUGUUCAUUGGACCGCCAAGCAAAUCUCAGCUUCUUCUUCCAACUUCUGGCUGUGCUAUGCACUUCCCAUGUCGUAUCAAUUCGACGCUAUCAGAUAUAGCAUGAUUGCAGUUGGCGCUUCCCAUAGAGCUUUCAUGUCUCAUUCACUUGGUUUUGGACGACCGGAUGAGUUGCAGCGGCCUGUUAUACAGCACUACAACAGAGCUAUAUCGUCUAUUCUUCCGCUUAUGUCCUCACCGACACGAUUCAACAUGCACUGCAUUUUGAUAUGCUGUAUGCUUUUCAUGACAUGCGAAGGCCUGACUGGUCGGUAUGAUGAGCUUCUGAAGCAUUUUGCCGCUGGCGAUACGUUACUUCAGUCCCUUCAAGAAUCGGCCGCGCCGGAGGAAGCCUCAUUGAUGGAGAAGCUCGUUGCCAUGUUUUCCCAACUAUGUCCCGAAUCGUCAGACUUCAUGAAGAACCCUACUCUUUCAGGCAUACAGAAGUGGUGUGCCAAAGAUGUCAAGCAUACCGCCGACGACAUCACACCAUUCGAGACUCUCGACGAAGCUUCCUACGCACUUCAUCAGCUCCGCUUUCUCCAUGACCAUGCACCACACAACCCUGACAGAGAAAACGGAGAGGCGAACGACAGAGCCUUUGAGCACCUAUUCAAACAAUGGGGAACGCGUUUUCAAGCGCUUGCUCAGCGCGAUAUCCUGCAAUGGACGACCGAAGAAAUGUCCUACUUCCAAAACCUCAGCCUCCGUCAACGUUUUAUACAAAUGCACAUCGACGCCUACAGCAACCAACCCCAACCGUGCCAGCCAUUUCUCGAAACGGCAGAGUUAGUAGCAGCGCCUCUGAUAGCCAUCGGUCAACCAACGUAUGCCCUCGACGGAUGUUUGGUGUCAGGUUUAUCCUUUGCAGGAUUCACGGCACAGGACGAUGAAGAACGGAACCGGAUUUUGAGUUUGCUUCAGAGGUUGGAUCAUCGGGAGGGUAUUUAUGAUAGUAAUGACGUGGCGGAGAUGCAUGUCUUGUGUGCGAUGGAUAUGGGUGAUGUGUCUUGUUCUGAUUCUGGCUCCGAUGAUGAAUCUGACGAUGGAUCGGAUGAUGAGUCUGAUUAUGGGACGCCUGAUCCACCCUUUACGUCGCCUGUUGGAAUACCGAAUAUGAUUGAGGGGCUUGCUCGCAGAGCUGGAGUUACAAGCAAGCGCUUGGCGUGUUAUUGUUAG